GAUCUGUUUCGCUCGAGGUCGAAGCUAGAUGAAAGCGAGGGACGCGUACCGCGAGCGACUGCUGAACACACUGGGGGUGAACAAAGGAGGUGGAGCGCAUGAAGGCUUUCGCAUUCGGAAUCGAAGGCGAUCAAGCAAGCAAGCAGCCAAGCAAGCAGGACGGACAGCGACAGAGAUACGCGAGACGAGGCGAGACGAGGCAAGGACAUAGGACUUGGGGAAAUGAUACGCGUAGAAACGGUUGAGUCACGUUGUGGCGCGACGCAGCACGUCCACUCGAUGCAAAUGCAGAGCUUUGGUCCAGGCGUUGCCUCAGUGGCACCCGAUUGCUCGUGGUGGCCUAUCCGCACGUUACCUAGAGCCGCUAAUCGGGGCUGCUGCUCCGUGUUCCGUGCUUCCUCCCCUCCCUCUACACGCGGCUCGCUCUUCACGCGGCCCUCUCUCGUCUCACCUCGAGGCGUAACCGGCCAACUUUCUCGCUCUCAGCCCUCUCUUGCUGAUGCACAACGCUUAGCCAAUAAAGAAUCGGCACCGCAACACUCUUUGCUCCGCGAGGUCAAUCUUGCGACUCAGAGGUUAGUGGCCCAUUCGGAAACACUAGUCUGGGGUCAUUACCAUCGGCUCUGGUCGCCCCAUUGGAUUGAAGGUAGGAAGAAGAGCCCCUUCUCGGGACCUUGAUGCGGAACAUCUCUUCUUGUUCGCAAGCAGGCCGGGUCUAGCCCUCUGCGCUUGGCUGGCGCCUCUCGAGUCAGCAAAGCGUUGCUGCCAUUUCUGCUCGGGGGCUG